AUGUCGUGUGGGGCAGAAUGUCUGUCCCUUGGACCUCCACCGGACUCAAUCGUACAUAUGCCGCCGCCACCGUUGCCAGCAUUUUUGGCUAAUAUCGCUAAUUUAACACCCCCUUGUAGGGCAGCCAAAUGUCCACCUGUCCAUAAUACUGAGGACAACGCAUUAUUCCCUGGUGUAGAGUAUCAUGAGUUGCCUCGACACGAACCAGCUGGCAAUGAUGACACAUGGUUUCUCGUGCUAAUCACUUGUUGCGUGGCUGUACUGUGCAUUGCUGCACUCCUGGCUUUAUUCUUGCUUAAAUGCAGAGAUUUUUCUAUCAGAGGCCGUGGCUGCAAAGCGGGUGCCACAAAAGCACCGACGUUAUAUGGCACUGCCCUGGACUCGCGAGUGUUGUGGGCAGCCCUCACUCCACGCGGGACUCGUCACUUUGUAGCUGACACCUAUCCCCAUGACGAAACAGAAGACCACCACUACGAAUGUGUUGAACCGCUGUAUAAAUUAGCUCCCCCAGACCUAGCCAUUACAAGACAUUUCAAUGUGGAAUACGAAGACCCCGCUUUGAUUGAGAGCUAUGACAGAACUGACUAUUUCAGAGGUGAAACAAUUAGGAGGGGAAAUAGACCAUUAGUAUCAUCACCAACUAGAAUUGAGAGGCCGAAUUUGCCCCCUUUAAACCUCCAGCCGAGGACUCUGCGCUGCGCACCCCAUUCUCGUCGUGUUAGUGAUGCAAAUAAUCCGGAAAAAUCGGCUAUCUGA